GGGGAGCCUUGGGAGAAAUGGAAGCCACGGCUCUCGCGAGGAUGCUCCCGGCACUCCUCUCUUCCCGAGCCAUGGAUUGCAAAGACAGACCAACCUUCCCAGCAAAGAAGUUGGUACAAGCCCGUCUGCCAUUCAAGCGCCUGAAUGCUGUUCACAAGGAGAAAGCCGAGGAUGAGUUAGGCGACAGAAGCUCUCUGAACAUCACGGUAGAAGAGAAAGUCGCUGAUACAGAAGCGUCUUUGGACAUCCUGGAGAAUGACUGUCCUGUGGAUUCUGACCUAGACUUCAGACCAAAACUCAUCAAUGGGAAGGGUCCCUUGGAUAACUUCAUAAGAAGUGAAAUCAGAAGCAGCCUCAGCCAGAGCAUGGUCAUCAUCGAUUUGACAGAGGACUCAAGUGACCAGCCAGAGAGUACUAUGGACCAUGAAUCACUAAAUCCCAAAACCUCCCUUCCUGAGGAGGCUGUCAAUGGGCUCAGAGAGGAGGUGGGAGAUGCGGAGGGGCCCUUGAAGGCCGUUCACACCGACAAGUUGGUGCUUCCUGAAGAGACCCUUUCAGACAUUCCUUGCAAAACAGAGGAGGAGCAUGCAGGCUCAGGUGACCCUGACAGGAGUGGUAGCUCCCAGGACAGCUCCCCGCAGAGCUGCCCCAAGCUGCCUGUUUGCCCGAGUGCGUGCCCCGAAAAGGAGCAGGAUAGUUGGAGUGACACCAGGGGCCUCCUGUUUCGAGGGAAAGUCCCCGUGGUGGUCCUGCAGGACAUCCUGGCCGUAAAGCCUCCCUGCACCAAGUCUCCUCCCUCGACACCUCUGGACAAGAGCGGGACAUCAGAGAGUGAGUUGUUGGAAUCAUGUCCUGAAGAAGACUCUGUCCUUAGCCAUUCGUCCCUGAGCUCCUCUCCUCUCACCUCCCCGGAGGGGCCGACUGCUCCCGAGAAGCCGCAGGGGGGCAUCAGGCCCUCCCCGGCAGCCACACCUGUCCGCAGAAUAACCAAGAAAUGUGUCAAAGGUUCUACAGAGAAGAGCAAACUGAAACUGCAAAGAGGCAAAGAGCAGCUGAGAGAAGAGAAGGAGAAGCUGAAGGAAGAGGCCCGGCGUGCCAGAGAGGAGGCCCGCAGGAGGAAGGAGCAGGAGAAGGAGCUGAAGGAGAAGGAGAGGCGCAGGAAGCGGGAGAAGGACGAGAAGGAGAGGGCGGAAAAGCAGCGGCUCAAGGAAGAGCGGCGCAAGGAGAGGCAGGAGGCGCUGGAGGCUAAACUGGAGGAGAAGAGGAAAAAGGAGAAGGAGAAACGGUUACGGGAGGAGGAAAAGCGCCUUAAGGCAGAAAAGGCUGAGAUCACCAGGUUCUUCCAGAAACCAAAGACCCCACAAGCCCCCAAGACCCUGGCCGGUUCCUGUGGGAAGUUUGCCCCCUUUGAGAUUAAAGAGCGCAUGGUCCUGGCCCCUUGGUGUCGGGCCACCUUGGACCAGGACCUGUGUGAUCGGUUAGACCAGCUCCUCCAACAGCAGAGCGGAGACUUCUCCUUCCUGAGGGACCUCAGAGGCCGCCAGCCACUGAGGUCUGGGCCCACUGGGAUCUGCAGCCGGGACACAGACACGGUCAACAGGGACGUGGUGAUUGUGGAGACCAGCAAGGGCGACGCCGUGCCCGAGAGGCGGAAGUUCGGCCGCAUGAAGCUCCUGCAGUUCUCUGAGAAUCACCGUCCAGCAUACUGGGGCACGUGGAAUAAGAGGACGGCAGUCAUCCGCCCGCGGGACCCCUGGGCCCAGGACAAGAAGCUCCUUGACUAUGAGGUGGACAGCGAUGAGGAGUGGGAAGAGGAGGAGCCGGGGGAGUCGCUGUCCCACAGCGAAGGGGAUGAUGACGAUGAAGUGGGGGAGGAUGAGGACGACGACGAUGGCUUUUUUGUGCCCCAUGGGUACCUGUCUGAGGAUGAAGGUGUAACUGAGGAGUGUGGCGACCCGGAGAAGCACAAGGUGCGCCAGAAGCUCAAGGCCAAGGAGUGGGAUGAGUUCCUGGCCAAGGGGAAGCGCGUCCGUGUGCUCCAGCCUGUGAAGAUCGGCUGUGUGUGGGCCGACAGCGCAGACUGCUCGGCCGCCGACCUCAAGGUGCUGCAGCAGUUCACAGCCUGGCGACUGGAGCCAGCGCCCUCUGAGGAUGAGCUGGUGCCCAAGGCCACCAAGCGGGAGAAGCGAGACCAGCAGAUCCUGGCCCAGCUGCUGCCACUGCUGCACGGCAAUGUGAACGGGAGCAAGGCGAUCAUCCGCGAGUUCCAGGAGCACUGCCGCCGGGGCCUGCUCGGCGUCGGGGGAGCCAGCGGCCCCCCGAGCCCCACCACCCCGCGCCCGCACACGCCCACUGAGGACGCCGCCGUGCCCUCCAAAGCCAGGCUCAAGCGCAUCAUCUCCGAGAACUCGGUGUACGAGAAGCGGCCCGACUUCAGGAUGUGCUGGUACGUCCGUCCACAGGUGCUGCACAGCUUCAACCAGGAGCACCUGCCCGUGCCCUGCCAGUGGAGCUACGUCACCAUGGUGCCCUCGGCCCCCAGAGAGGACAGUGGUGCUGUGUCUGCCACGCCGCCCGGCCAGGUGACACCCGUGUCGCUGAAGAGGAAGUCGGGGGGUAGCAUGUGCAUCACACAGUUCAUGAAGAAGCGGAGGCACGACGGGCAGAUUGGAGUUGGGGACAUGGAUGGCUUCCAGGGGGACACGGAGGAGGAGGAGGAAGAGGAUGGCGACUGUAUGAUCGUGGAGAUCCCGGGUAUUGGGGAGGCCCAGGAGCCAUGCGGAACCACAGCAGGAGCCGAAGGCGCCGUGGACACGGACACCGGUGAGGGGCCGUUGCCCGCAAGCCCGCUGGGCGCCUCCUGAGCAGCCGGCGCUGCGUGUGGAACAAUCCUCGCGGACGAUACUUGAACAUUCUGCCGACUCCUGUGUAAAGAGCACUUUGUCCCGCUUCACAGGCCUCUCGGGGUCUGGAAAGGUUUUAUAUGGAUGCCUGACUAGUUCUUGACAUUUGUAAAAUAUCUCCCCACGCUGCAUAUUAAUUUUCCCUUUAAUAAAGCAUUAUUGUGAGGUGUGGCCUGUACGGCGCUGCUGGGCCCUGAGGUGUGCAGGCGCUGGGUCAGACACUUGCAUGUAAAUGAAUUGAAUCGCCAGACGCCCGUGGCCUUGGCGGGCGCUGGCCAGAUGUGGAAGUGUAUAA